UUUUAUUUUUAUUUUUUGGCCGUCAACAUUACUCUCCUGAAAUUUGUUGACUGGCUCCGCGGACGUGAAGAAGACUCUGGCCGACAGUCGGUCCUGUUCACGGCCAGUUUGACGAGGCUACAGGCGUAUGUGCUCAACUUCACCCCAUGGCGCUGUUCCAAUUUGGUGACCUUCAAGUCUUCAAAGGGGAUUUUGGGAGGUUCCGACAAGGAAUUAUCCUCGUAAACGUAUCCGGGCAUACGAAUCUUACUCAUCUCCUCACAGAUACGGAUGGCCAGGUAGGUGACGAUUUCAUCGCCGAGUUGGCGCUUGCAGAUACGCGGCUCUCCGAUAAUAGAAACCUGGUCCUAAAUCACGAAUUUGAGCUCGUUGAUUUUUUCUCUAUGACUUCUGCUGGCGGUCUUGUCAGCGGGGAUAAGGUCCCCAUCGAUGAACUUGUCAUCUCCCAUGGUGAUGAUCUCCUGAGGAAGGACGGGUGGUUUGCUUCAUCUUCCGUCUGCGCAGGGGCGUGGAGCACCUCCUGGGUCUAUUCCUGUUGCUCAGAGGCGUUGGUAUUGCCGAUGUUGUCAGUGGACCCGUCGGCAUUGUUCAUCUCAUAGCUUCUUCGUCGUGGGCAUGAGUCCCAGAAGGCUGUAUGAGCGGUAUGUCCCUUUUGGGGCGAGGGUUUCCCCUUGCUGUUUGUUCCCGCCUUCAGCCAUUGUAG